AGGGUCCAUUGUGUCUCACUGUAAACCAGAGGAAGAAGAGGGUCCAGUGUGUCUCACUGUAAACCCCAUACACCAUGGACACAAGGGCUUCAGUACUAUUCUAGACCAAACAAACCCCUCACCCAGCAGGCACCAUGUCAAUGGGCCCUGGCCUUGGUCCACCUGACCUGGCCGACGGCCCACAGACUACUGGACCUGUUGGACUCCAGACCCUGUUGGACCUACUGGUGGGGGUCUACCAGGAGUUCUGCUCCUCCCCCUUUGCAAUGGAGAAGUAUGUCUCUGGUUUCCUGCAAUGGGCCGAGCCCCUGGUGAGGCAGGUGAGAAGGACACGGAUCAAAAGAGAGGACUUUGACAUCCUAAAGGUGAUUGGCCGAGGAACAUUCAGUGAGGUUGCUGUAGCAAGGAUGCGAGGCACACAGCAAGUGUAUGCUCUGAAGAUUAUGAAUAAGUGGGACAUGCUGAGGCGAGGAGAGGCAGCGUGCUACCAGGAAGAAAGGGAGGUUUUACUAAGGGGUGACAGACGCUGGAUCACAGAGUUGCACUAUGCCUUUCAGGAUGACAACUAUCUGUACCUGGUGAUGGAUUAUUAUGUAGGGGGGGACCUGCUGACUCUGCUCAGUAAGUUUGGAGACCGGAUCCCUGAGGACAUGGCUCAGUUCUACUUGGCUGAGAUGGUCAUGGCCAUUGACUCUGUCCACCAACUGGGUUAUGUACACAGAGACAUCAAACCUGACAACAUCCUGCUGACAGCUGAUGGACACAUCAGACUAGGGGACUUUGGUUCCUGUCUGAGGGUUCGAGAGGAUGGGAUGGUUCACUCGUCCCUAGCAGUUGGGACCCCUGACUAUUUGUCUCCAGAGAUUUUAAGGGCCUUAGAGGGAGGUGGAUGUUAUGGUCCUGAAUGUGACUGGUGGGCCCUGGGUAUCUGUGCCUAUGAGAUGGUGCUAGGGACCACACCCUUCUAUGCAGAGUCCAUCUCUCAAACCUAUGCCAAGAUAAUCCACUUUCAGGAGUAUUUUGCUUUUCCUCCUUCUGGCCCUGAGAUUUCAGACAAGACUCGUUCCUUCAUCACUGGGCUCAUCUGUGAGAGGGAACUCCGUCUUGGGAGGAAAGGCUCCAUUGACUUCAGGAGCCAUCCCUUCUUCUGUGGACUAGACUGGGCUUCCCUGCAUAAAAUCCCUGCACCCUUCCUGCCUGAAGUAUCUAAUCCAACUGACACCUCCAACUUUGACAUUCUGGAUGACUGCCUCAGUGAAAUGGAGAUGCUGUCUGACGUCAUUGACAGAGCUCCAAUAGGAGUACACUUGGCUUUUGUUGGAUACUCUUACACUGCUACCUGUCAGACAGGUGCCAUGGACCGUAGUGAAGACAUCAUGAUGCAGAUUGACCGUCGAAGUUUGAGGGACUGUGAGAGUCUUAACGCACCAGCAAAACAGAGCAAGCAGUGGCAGAUCACAGACACUCUCCCAGACUACCUGCCUGCAUUGCUGGAGCUCCCGCUCACUCUGGAGCAAGGUCCUACUGCAUCCAGCCAAACCACCACUGACAGGGAGGAGGAUAAGACUGGCCAAAUAUCAAGACUUAAUGAUGACUUGCAGAGACAGUUAAAAGAUGCAGAGAGGAGGUAUUGUGAGCUGGAAAAAGAAAUGGAAAGGCUGAAGGGGGAAAUGCAGGACUGGAAGUCUCCGAAGGAGACAGCACUGAGUAUCUGCCCAGCAUCUCUUGCUCUGCGUGCCCACUGUGUGGACGCACAAGGGGAUGAGCUCUGCAGUUGUUGCAGGGAGAGACUGCCCCCAGUCUGCCAUUACCCACUGGUGAUUCCUGUCCACCGCCACAUGCUCCUGUUCCACAGGAUAAUAAAAUCAUUUGUCCUCCAGGUUCGCCUCCCACAGGUGAAAAGUGAGUCCUACUUACUGGUGUGUGCCGAAGGGGGGGAGCUCCAAGUCUGGGAGAGAAACUGUUUCACUGAGCUCUCCUGAAACACUUCUGUCACUAGAACAAGACUGACUUCCUGCACUGCUACUCUGAUUGCCAGCAACGAUCCUUAACGUCCGUUUAACUUUUCCAAGACAAAUGGUAAGCAGGACUGAAAGCUUGUAAUAAGAGCUGCUGAGGGGUCGUUUCUGUCUUAGAUGACGUCUUCAUACUGACACGAUGAAGAUGGCAGGUCAGACUGCUGUGGGACAAAGGAGGGAGAAACGAUGAUGGCAUCCGCCGACAUACCUGCUUAUUUGACACAAUAGAGAUGCACUGAUUUCAGAGAACACUGAGAAAAACACUCCUUUGUGUGGUAAUGAUGUUUGAGUAGGGUUGCCAACCGUCCCUUGAAAAACAGAAUCGUCCCAUAUUUAGAAACAAAAGCACCCGUCCCGUAUUGAGGUGAAAAUGGGCGCACUUUGUCCCGUAUUACUGUGAGAGUCAAAAAAUAGUCAGUAAUGGCAAAAAAAAAUGAAUUGAACAGGGCACUUUAUAUGUAAACUUACGGUAAACGUGUUCCCAGGCCGAGUAUGAUGAUACAGAAUAUGCUCAUCCCAUUGGUCGAGGAGAAGAUAGCAGAAGACAACAAAGCAGCAUGCGCAGGUGACACAGACGCCGACAGCAAUGCGACUAGUACUGCUCCGAGAAAAAACAGAAAAGGAUGCAAAAAUACUGAGGAAUGGGAAAAAGGAAACACCUGGGUGGGAAAAAGUGCGUGAUAACAUUUAUAAAGCCACUGCACGGUGUGCCGGCGCUCUUUUUCUGUAGCCCAUGGUGGACUGACUGAUCUGAAACAACAUGCUUCCAGUACUGCGGUCACGCCAUCUGCACUUUAAAUUCUAGUGCACAAUUACAUUGCACUUACAGUAGCCUGUUUGUCAGCUGCAUGAGUCCAAAAAAGCCAUUUGUUGUAUUCAUGCUGCUCCAAUAAAAUGAGUACAUCCAAUUGUUAUCAGCAAACUCCAGUGCAUUGUUGAAGACCAGGUCCCCAUGUGUUCAUGACAUGAAUUUCAUGCCUUUUUACUGAACCAAUUUGGAAUUAAGAAUGCCAAAAUCUUCCAAAAUGGCCAUUCAAUUGCAUACAUGCUGCAUUUUAAAAGCCAGCAAAAGGAAUCAAUCAAAUUGUCAUCAGCAAACUCCACUACAUCUUAGAAGAACAGGGCAUAAUUGUUAUUUUUUAUUCAAGUUAAUUGCUGGAUAAUAAUUUGUUUUCCAUGUAUUCAUGUUACACAAAAAUAUGCAACUAAUUCAAUUCAGGUUCAGGUCAAUUUGUUAAAAAAUCAUUUCAAUCACAAAAAAAGGGGCUAAAAAAUUUCACCACGCCAGGGUGGAUGAAGGGAAUCACCAAUAAGGUCAAUAAGGUGUCCCUUAUUUAUUUUUUGGGGAGUUGGCAACCCUAUGUUUGAGUGACACAGAGAGUUUCAUAUAUCUGUUUGUUCUUGUGUUUUUGCUGUGUCUCGUUUAUUAUUUAAACGUUACUAAUAAUGACCAUGUGUAUUUUAAUUUAGGCCAUAAGCUUUGCUACAUAAAUAAAGCAAACAUAUCUGAAGAAGGAGAGUGGCAGUUGGGUUUAAUCUGAUAUGAAACCUAGACAUAGCUUAGGCACGUUUAUAUAAGCUUAUUCUGCCCUACAAAGUCUAACUGCAGUAACUACGCAAAGGGUAAAACUGAGAAAAACUGCUAUAAAGUUGUUUUAACGUGUUUUAACUAGCCAGUCAAAUGGGUUAUAGGUAGGUAAGUGAUAUGACACUUAUUUCUACAUGUAAUGAUGAUGUCAUUUUUAUGCUCAAAACUCAUGAUGAUUUAUUUGACCUUUGACCCCAAAAAUUUAGUUACUGCACUCCUGUUUUUCCUGUAAAAGGUUCUAAUAGAGUGCUGUAACAGCAAUAUUGUUCUGUCAUUUGUUUGUAGGAUUGAAACAUUGACUGUCUUAAAGUACAGAGGUAUGCAAAAUUUUGUUUUCAAGAAAUGAACAAUUUCAAAUUGAUUUUGUUAUAAGUGUAUUUAAAAGUGUUUAACAACUCUAUUAAAAGAUUUGCAUAUUUUAGACUUAAUAUUAAAAAGAAAUGUUAUAUUUUAGUCUUAAUAUCAUUUUAUCUCUUUUUUUACUUCAUCACUAUCUAGAUAAUAAUUUCCCUUUCAAAUAAACAUAUAAUUUAUUUUAUUUUUGCUUAAAUUAGUCUGUCUAUCUAUCUAUCUAUCUAUCUAUCUAUCUAUCUAUCUAUCUAUCUAUCUAUCUAUCUAUAU